AUGCUCCAAAGGUGCUAUCCCGGAGUCUUGUACUUGUGCUUAGGAAUCACGGCUAUUUUGACCCUUCCCAAAACUUUGCAACCGGUGAAGUCUUGCUCCCGUUCAUCAAGACCAUUGGUUCAUCAAGACAAUCACUCUGUCGCCAAUGUCUUUCAACUUAACAUCACGGCUAUUUUAACACUUCCCAAAACUUCGCAAACGGUGAAAUAUUGCUCCCGUUCAUCAAGACAAUCACUCUGUGUCACCAAUGUCUUUCGAGUUCACUUGCCACCUUACAAGCACAAUAAGACUGUGUCUUCCGGUCCUCUCACGUUGCGGACUUCUCAUCAAAGUUUGACGCUAGCAAUCAACAACCAGGGCUCCUCCGUAUCUAUUGACCUUAGCAACACCAAUAUGAACAAUGCGUCUUCCGGUGCUCUCACGUUGAGGAAUCCUUGUCAAAGUUUGACGCUAGCGUUUAAGAAACGUCGCUUCUCUGUAUCUAUGGACGAUGGUGACACCGGUACAAAUAUUUCUCAAUAA